AUGCAAUAUGAUGAAGAUGAUGAUGAAAUCACCCCAGAUUUGUGGCAAGAAGCAUGCUGGAUUGUCAUCAGCUCUUACUUUGAUGAAAAGGGCCUGGUCCGUCAGCAGCUUGAUUCAUUUGAUGAGUUCAUUCAGAUGUCUGUGCAGAGAAUUGUCGAAGAUGCCCCACCCAUCGAUCUGCAAGCAGAAGCUCAACAUGCUACAGGCGAAGUAGAAGAGCCACCUCGCUAUCUUCUGAAAUUUGAGCAAAUUUAUCUAUCCAAGCCUACACAUUGGGAAAGAGAUGGUGCCCCUUCACCUAUGAUGCCAAAUGAAGCAAGACUGAGAAACCUCACGUACUCUGCUCCAUUGUAUGUGGACAUAACUAAGACAGUUGUUAAAGAAGGAGAGGAUCAGUUACAGACGCAACAUCAAAAAACAUUUAUAGGAAAGAUCCCUAUCAUGCUGCGAUCCACAUAUUGCCUGCUAAAUGGCUUGACUGACCGUGAUCUUUGUCAACUGAAUGAGUGCCCUCUUGAUCCUGGUGGCUAUUUUAUUAUUAAUGGAUCAGAAAAGGUUCUGAUUGCUCAGGAGAAAAUGGCUACCAACACAGUAUAUGUGUUUGCAAAGAAGGAUUCUAAAUAUGCGUACACAGGAGAAUGCCGUUCCUGCCUGGAGAAUUCUUCUCGGCCCACAAGUACGAUAUGGGUUAGCAUGUUGGCUAGAGGUGGGCAGGGUGCAAAGAAGAGUGCCAUAGGGCAGCGCAUUGUAGCAACGUUGCCGUACAUCAAACAGGAAGUCCCCAUCAUUAUUGUCUUUCGUGCCUUAGGGUUUGUCUCUGACAGAGACAUCUUGGAGCAUAUAAUUUAUGACUUUGAAGAUCCUGAGAUGAUGGAAAUGGUUAAACCUUCUUUAGAUGAGGCAUUCGUCAUCCAGGAACAGAAUGUUGCCCUGAAUUUCAUUGGUUCAAGAGGCGCAAAGCCUGGUGUCACCAAAGAGAAAAGGAUCAAGUAUGCAAAAGAAGUUUUGCAGAAAGAGAUGCUUCCACAUGUUGGUGUCAGUGACUUCUGUGAAACCAAAAAGGCUUAUUUUCUUGGGUACAUGGUUCAUAGGUUAUUGCUGGCAGCUUUGGGGAGAAGGGAGCUGGAUGACAGAGAUCACUACGGCAACAAACGACUGGAUCUUGCAGGGCCAUUACUUGCUUUCUUGUUCAGAGGAAUGUUUAAGAACUUGCUGAAGGAAGUUAGAAUAUAUGCACAGAAGUUUAUUGACAGAGGGAAAGAUUUUAACUUGGAGCUAGCAAUUAAAACCAGAAUUAUAUCAGACGGGCUGAAAUACUCCUUGGCUACAGGGAACUGGGGAGACCAGAAGAAAGCUCAUCAGGCCAGAGCUGGAGUAUCUCAAGUCUUGAACCGACUCACCUUUGCAUCUACGCUUUCCCACUUGCGUCGUUUGAAUUCCCCUAUUGGCAGAGAUGGUAAAUUAGCAAAGCCCAGGCAAUUGCACAACACAUUGUGGGGAAUGAUCUGUCCUGCUGAAACUCCAGAGGGUCAUGCUGUGGGACUUGUGAAGAAUCUUGCUCUCAUGGCCUAUAUUUCUGUGGGAUCCCAGCCAUCUCCAAUUCUGGAAUUUUUAGAAGAAUGGAGCAUGGAAAACCUGGAAGAAAUCUCUCCAGCAGCCAUUGCAGAUGCUACAAAGAUCUUUGUAAAUGGAUGUUGGGUUGGAAUCCACAAAGACCCAGAACAGCUUAUGAAUACGCUGAGGAAAUUGCGUCGUCAGAUGGACAUCAUUGUGUCAGAGGUGUCCAUGAUCAGGGAUAUCCGGGAGCGAGAAAUUCGCAUUUAUACUGAUGCUGGCAGGAUUUGCCGCCCACUUCUGAUUGUGGAAAAACAAAAGUUGCUUCUAAAGAAGAGGCAUAUUGACCAAUUGAAGGAACGUGAAUAUAACAAUUACAGGUAGGAUGCUCCUGAUGGC